AUGCCUACGGAAUGUAUCACGAACCCUUUACAAAGGGAAUUGGCUGAUUCCAUAAUAAGAAUGGUUCCUCUCGAUGAAAUAAGGAUUCUAUUGGCUUGUGGGGCCAAGGUCAACGAACCUGUGACCCAAGGCCUCAUGCCUUUACAUUAUGCAGUUUGGCAACGAUACUACGAGGCGGCCCAACUUCUAUUGACAAGAGGCGGUGAUGUCAACGCGACAGAUGAAUGCGGAUAUAGCCCUCUUCAUUUGUCAGCUGAACAUGGAUACACGGAAGUGGUCCGGCUGCUGCUCGCCUCGGGCGCCAAAGUCGACUACCGGCCGAACACGGCCGAAGAGUUCCCGCGCACCACGCAGUGCGACGAGCCGCUGCGUCUGGCCAUCCGCAACAAGCACACGGAGAUCGCGAGGAUGCUGCUCGAACAUGGCGCCGAUCCCAACAAAAGGUACUUCUUCGGCGCCGAGAUCAACCUGGUUGCGGAUCUGGAGUUCCUCGAGCUGCUGCUUACGUUCGGCGCGAAUCCUGAUAGCAGAGACAGGUCGGGGUUGACACCGCUGAUGAAGGCUGUGAGGCUGCCGCAGGGCAUGGAUGCCGUUUUAUUGUUGCUCAAAUAUGGUGCAGAUGUGAAUGCUAUUGCAGAUGAACGACAUGAUUAUAGAACAGUUCUACAUUACGCAGUACUAUCUGGAAACUACGAAAUUGUCAAUUUGAUGAUAAAACAAGGAGCCAAACUGAACUACGAUGAAGAAUACGAUUUAGGGAAACCAAGUCCUCUGGAUCUAGCGAUACUCAAAGGUGACCCGCAUAUUGUCGAGAUGCUCAUAAGAUCUGGUGCAAACGUGAAUUGCAGCUCUCCCAUAAUAGGAUCACCUUUGCACGUAGCUUGUGCUGACAAUAUACCAAAUAGACUGAACAUUAUAACGAUGCUUCUGAAAGCGGGGGCCGAUCCAAAUUUGAAGGUUUAUGGCGACGAAUUCGAGAGAAACUCGCAACUAAGGCCUGUUUUGGUAGAAUAUUUAGCAAGCAACGAACAUCCUAAUGUAGCUGUCGUCCACUUACUGCUUCAACAUGGAGCCAAGGUAGUGAUGAAAACCCAAUUCAGAGACCCGGACGGCAUGCUGAACUGCCUGCAAAACGUGAUAGCAGACAACAGCGAGUCGAUCUUCUUCCUGCUCCUGGAAUCCUGCGAAUCCUUCGACCCCUGCAUGAUCCGCAGGAACAACGUCCUGUCCCCGGAGCAGAAAUCGGCCCUGCUGGAGCUGGCAAAGUGCCCUUUGCCUCUCAAGCGGCAGGUGAGGCUGUUCCUGAGAAGACUACUGGGGGCAGAAAUGAUCGACGCCGUGGACGGGUUCGAGUUGCCCAAAUGUUUGGCCAAGUAUUUGCUGUUCGAUUAUCGUUGA